GCUGAUACCGCGGCUGUGAUAAGAGUCGCGCGCUCGCACCGAACUACCAGGCUUCGAGCUUCAUUUCAUUCGAGCCCUUCGCUAGCGCCGGUAAAGUUCGUUGUCGACGCUGCCGAGGUAAACAACAAGUUCGACCGGGCCGAAGUAAACCGGGCCGUCCGUCCAGGAAAGGAAGCGAAUCGGGCCGACCGUCGGUUUUUUUACCUCGGGCCGAGCCGCACUAACGAUAAUUAGAAUUGCAACGCGCCGUCAACGCGUUCUUCCCUGCAUGUGUGUGUACGUGUGUGAGUUGUGUGAAACCGCGAUCUAAGUAAAUCCCAGGUGUAAUUUACUGUUCCACCAGAUAUCCCCGUUAGAACGUUUCAAGUCUAUCGGGUUUCAGCUCUCGCCCUCGCAAGGAAGAGAAGGGGCAAAGGAGCUGUACGCCGGUGCAAGUGCAAUUUUAUUUCCCCAUCAUCACCGCGACACGGCUGCUGCGAAGCUCGGUUCGCUAGUUCGCGGCGAAAACCAAUCAUCAUCGAACGACGGAUUGCGUACAACCCAUCGCGCCCAUCAGUCGCAAUGGAGCUGUUACUGAGGCUAGUCGCGCUAAUCCUUCGCGUGGUCAAUCUGCUGCUCGAACCGAUCCUCGCGCGGUUCGGUGGUCCACCACGCACCGAACCAUUUCCGGUGAUUCAAAAUGAGCUGCUGCGGGUACCGGCCACGGAGCUGGCCGAAAGGAUACGCCAGGGCAAGGCGCGCUCGGUCGAUGUGGUGCGUGCGUACGUGUUGCGAAUCCGCGAAGUGAACCCGCUGAUCAAUGCGGUCGUCGAGGAACGUUUCGAGGAUGCGCUCGGGGAAGCGGCCGAGGCGGACGAACGGGUGGCGGCGUGUGGGGGUGACCAGGAAGCGUUGGAGCAGUUGGCCAAAAGCUGUCCACUGCUCGGUGUGCCGAUCACGGUGAAGGAAAGCUGCUCGGUGAAGGGACUCGCCCUGACCGGAGGUGUUGUGCGACGUCAGAACUUGACCGCCGAGGAGGAUGGUGAGGCGGUCGGCAGGUUGCGGAAGGCGGGUGCGAUACCACUGCUCGUAUCCAACACGCCCGAGUACUGUAUGGCGUUCGAGUCGUACAAUAACGUUACGGGAAGGACGAUGAAUCCGUACGACCCGCGUCGUACUUCGGCCGGUUCGUCUGGGGGCGAAGGUGCGCUAAUCGGUGCCGGUGCAUCGGUGUGCGGAGUCGGAAGUGAUCUAGCCGGAUCGAUUCGUAUUCCCGCGCUGUUCUGUGGCAUCUUUGGACAUAAACCAUCGGCAGGAAUCGUUUCGAUCAAGGGCCACAUGCCCGUCUGUACCGAUGCUCACUUCGACCAGUACCUUUCGCUGGGACCGAUGUGUCGUUACGCACAGGAUCUGCCCCUGCUGCUCGAGAUCAUGAGCGGUCCGAACGCAAGCAAGCUACGCCUAAACGAACCGAUCAACGUGGACAAACUGAAGAUCUACUACCCGCAGAAGCUCGACCUAACCGUCAACGCCGUCCCGAUAGCACCGGAGAUCCGGGAAUCGUUGCGCAGUGCACUGAAAUACUUCCAGAACAAGGGCGUCUACACGGAACCGCUCAACUUCCGGUACUUCUGUGACAGCAUGCAAAUAGCUUCAAACUCACUGCAAACACUGAAGGACGUACCGAACGUGUUUGCGUCCCCGAAACCGAACCUGUUCUGGGAGCUGGUGAAGGUGGUGGUGCGCCAGUCCGAGCACACUUUCGCUACGAUCUUCAUGUAUCUGCUGUCCGCGUCGAAAGCUACCGUGAACGAGAAGAACCGUGCCCGGUACCGGCUGAUGGAGGCCGAGCUGAAGCAGGAAUUCACGGAUAAGCUUGCCACCGACGGUGUAUUUCUGAUGCCAUCGUUCCCGAAGCCAGCUCUGCGCCAUUACGAAUCCUUCGGUCACGUCACCGGCUUUAUGUACACGAUGAUCAUCAAUGCGCUCGGAUUUCCUUCCACGCAGGUGCCGCUCGGGUUCAACCGCGAUGGUCUGCCGGUCGGUAUACAGGUGGUGGCCGGACCGAACCAGGAUCGACUGUGCUUGGCCGUGGCGCAAGAGCUAGAGAAGGCGUUCGGUGGUUGGAAAUCGCCGAAGUAAUUAGCUAGCCGUACAAUACACUGAGGGGUCUGAGGGUUCGCGGGACAUCCAGCUUGGCUGGCGCUGACGAUGGGAGAAUCAAGAUGGGGAAGGGCAUAAGGAACAAUGACAUCCGAUACCGUGUGCUUGCUUUCGACCGGAACAUUCCAACUCCAUUUUCCAUGCGUUUGUGGGCAGUUGGUGACGUGCAUGCGUAAGGCGACGCACAGUGUCUACCGAGCCAGACGGACUGCUGUGCCAAAGUUGUGACCGAAAUUUCUUUGUGAGAGAGUGUGUUUUUUAUAGUAAAAUAAAGCUGUUAAUAGUGGAUAAAAAGUA